GCGGCUCCCCCCCCUGCGGCUUCGGUACAGCUUUGCCAAUCAUGCUGGCAAGGUCGACUCUGCGCCCGGCGCGCGCCCUCAAUGGGCUCCGAAACGCCGCCGUCAACGUCUCCAAGCGUGCUGCCUCGACCAGCUCGGGUGCUGCCGAAGCUUCUCCCGCGCGCCUCAACCUCGCCGCUAUUGCUUCCACCACCCUCGCCGCCGGCUCCAUGGCCUGGUACUACCAUCUCUACGGACCUGUGGCUUUUGCUUCGUCCCCUGCAGAGGAGGGUCUUCACCCUACGCAAUACCCUUGGGUUCACCAGCAGUUCUUCAAGUCUUUUGAUCACCAGGCUCUUCGACGUGGCUUCCAGGUCUACCGCGAAGUCUGCGCCAGCUGCCACUCCCUCAGCCGAGUUCCCUACCGAGCCCUUGUCGGCACCAUCCUGACUGUCGAUGAGGCCAAGGCCCUGGCCGAGGAGAACGAGUACCCCGACGAGCCCGAUGAGCAGGGCGAGAUCCCCAUGCGCCCCGGAAAGCUGGCCGACUACAUUCCUCCCCCGUACAAGAACGACGAGGCCGCUCGCUUUGCCAACAACGGUGCUCUUCCCCCGGAUCUGAGCUUGAUCGUCAAGGCCCGCCACGGUGGCUGCGACUACAUCUUCAGCCUGCUGACGGGCUACCCCGAGGAGCCCCCGGCGGGCGUCAAGCUGGCCCCCGGCAUGAACUUCAACCCCUACUUCCCCGGCACCGGUAUUGGUAUGGCUCGUGUCCUGUACGACGGCCUUGUUGAGUACGAGGACGGCACCCCCGCCAGCACCUCGCAGAUGGCCAAGGACGUUGUCGAGUUCCUCAACUGGGCCGCCGAGCCCGAGAUGGACGACCGCAAGAAGAUGGGCAUGAAGGUUCUGGUUGCCACGACUGCUCUGUGGGCCAUCAGCGUCUACGUGAAGCGAUACAAGUGGGCUUGGCUCAAGUCCCGGAAGCUCGUCUAUGACCCUCCUGCGGAGACCAAGGUCCGCCGAUGAGGGACGACGUAAUCAAAAAAAUUCCCUGUUGUGUGUAUUGUGUAUACUACUAGUCUCCUCGUUUUAGAAGUAAAAAACAAAACAAAAAAGCUCUUUUGUCGGUGGAGGCGGGUAAAAUGGGUUGGUUGUUUUCAG